AUGGAUGACAUAAAUAUGCUAGAGGAACUUAGAGAUGACGAGUCCACUGGAUUAAAAACGAUGUUGGAUAAUGAAAAUCAAAAACUCAAUGAGUCUGUUGACUUAAUAGCUUAUAGAAAUAAUGAAAAACGCGAUGGGUGCACACGAGCUAUUCUCCCUCUAUUUUAUAGUUGUGUCAAGUGUAGCUUCUUUUUUCAUAAAUCUUGUGUUGAAUUACAUAGAAAAAAGCGACACCCACUCACCCUUCUAAAAAAAGCCCCUUAUAGGAGUAAGUUGUUUCGGUGUGAUGCUUGUCACCAAUCUUGCAAUGGAUUCACUUACAAUUGUGAGAUAUGCAAGUUUGAUCUUGAUAUUCAAUGUAGUUUGAUCAUAGACACCCUUAUCCAUUAUGGUCAUGAGCAUUGUCUUAACCUCUCUAGCACAACAUAUGAACAAAAAUGUAGUAUUUGUGAUCUUGGAGGAUACCAAGUAUUUCGUUGUACCACUUGUGAAUAUAUACUAGACUUCAAAUGCGCUACACUACCACAUAUUACAAGGUAUAAACAACAUGAGCAUUCCUUCACUCUCUAUUAUAUCGUUGAAGAUAAUUUGGGUGAAUAUUACUGUGAUAUUUGUGAAGAAGAACGAGAUUCAAAACAUUGGUUUUACUAUUGUGCAAAUUGCAAUUAUUCUGCUCAUUUUGAAUGUAUUCUGGGAAGAUAUCUAAAUUGCAAGUUUGGAAGUGCUUCCAAAUUUGACUGCCACGAACACCCCCCUUACUUUGGUUGAGGCAACUAAAGAGCACCCUUCAUGUCACAAAUGCAGUGGUCCUUGCAUAGGGUUGAUCUAUCAAUGUGCCGAGUGUGAUUUCAACAUCCAUCCUUGGUGUUUGUGAAAGGCUUGGUUUUAAUGGAAGUAAAACUGCCAUUGUGACUGCAACAGUAAAACAUUGCUGGUGGGAAAAAAUAAUCCAUAGCCUGGAG